AUGCUAGGUCUUAGGAAUGAUAAGAUUAAGUCUGAGUCAACGAAUAAUAGUUGUAUUGCCGAUCAUAUUGGUACUGCAGCUGUUGAGUGGACCUGUUCAAAUGCUGCUCUAGUAGUGGGGUGCAGAAACCAGAGACCCCGAAGAAAAAGUGUGCUUCAGGAAGUAGAAGAAGUCGUUCAACGACAGGGCAAGUCACUAUACGCUUGGGAUAUCGGUUGGAAUGAAGAACGACCAGUUGGCGAAACCGUCGGUAUCAGCCAGCUGGACGAGUACGCCUAG